AUGGGCCUCCCGGAGGUUCAGGAGCGCAUCGACCAGCUGUACGGCGAUCGCAAUGCGAAGAACUUUCGCGAAGGCCUGGGCAAGGGAUUGGUAUCAGUCGGUAAGGGCGUGUUCGCCGGCGUCGGAGGGCUCAUCGUGGCGCCGGUCGCGGGGCUGGUGCAGCAAGGCGGCGUCGGGCUAAUCAAGGGAACGUUUUUGGGGGUUGCAGGUGCCGUCGUUUUGCCGACCGUUGGGAUCGUGCAAGGCGUGCGGCAGCUGGGCGAGGGGAUUAAGAACACUCCCGACGCGGUUCGGGAGAUGAUGAAAAGGGAUAAGUGCGAGGAGGAGGCGGAGAGCGCGGAGGUGGUGGAGGAUGCCGAAGCGGAUAAGGUCAACGAAGAGACGUACUCGCACACGCGCGAAGCUGUUGAGAAAGUCGCGCUCGAAGACGAAGCCGCGAAAUCCGCCGCGAAACCCGCGGAACCUUCUGAAGCCGCCACGGCGGCGCCCGCAGAAAAACGGGAGAAGCGGGAGGUUAAGGAGGAGGAGCUGUAUGUGGCUCUGGAGGUGCCGACCGACGCGACGUCCGCGGAGAUCAAGAAGGCUUACUUUAAGGUGCGUGGUGGUGUAAGGGAGGGGCGGAGUUUUGAGCUAGCGCGUACGUGCCAUCCCGACAAGGUCCCUGACGACGAAGCCGCCAAGGCCAAGUUCCAAGCCAUCGGCGAGGCGUACCAAGUCCUCAUGGACCCCGAGUCGCGCGAGAAGUACGACCGUUACGGCCGCGCUGCGCUCGACGGCACAUUCAUGGAUCCCGGCUAUUUCUUCACCAUGUCCUUCGGCGCGGAGAAGUUCAAGCCGCUUGUCGGAGAGCUUACUAUCGCGCACACGGCGGCGGGGAAUCUGACAGUAGAGGAGGUGAAGAGGUGGCAGGUGAAGAGAGAGAAAGAGCUCGCGGCGAUUCUGGUGAAGCGGCUGGAGCCGUGGAUGUCGGGCGACGAAGAAGGAUUUGUGCGCGACGCCGUGAAGCAGGUGGAUGAGCUCAAGGGCGAGGCGUUCGGCGUCGCGUUCCUGCAGUGUAUCGGCUACACCUACUACACGCGCGCGCAAGUGCUGCUGGGCAUGACGGUGAUGCUGGGCAUUCCCAACUUCGUGAAUGCGGCCAAGGAGUCCAACCACGCGAUGAAGACUCGCCACAACGCCAUCGGCGCUGCGUUUAAGCUAGCGGACAUGCAAGUCACGGUGGACCCCAGCAAGGCCCCUAGCCAGCAGCAUCCACCGCCGCUCCGUGCUUCCCCCCCAACACCUCCCUCCAUCCCCUCCCCCCCCAACGACAGGCUAGCGGAGAUGCAGGUCACAGUUGACCCUCACAAGCCGCCCAGCGAGCAGCCCAACAUGCCCGAGUUCCUCAACUCCGUCUGGAUGAUAAGCGUGCUGGAUAUAGAAAGUACACUGCGCCACGUGGUGGAGCUUGUAGUGAAAGAUAAAACUGCUUCUAAGGAGGACAGGAAGAAGAGGGCCAGUGGCAUCAUGCGCUUGGGGAAGAUCUUCCAGGAAGCGUAG